AUGGCAUCCGAGACCUUCUUAGUACCAGUACCACUGGAAAGACUACCUCUUCAUCUUUUAGAGGGCAUCUGUUUCUGGCUCAGUCCGUCCAACGGCGGCAGCCUGCCCUCCUUCUCGCUGGCGAAUCGGCAAUGUGCCAAUGCGGCCAUCAAGUUCCGUCUCCGGAAUAUCCAUCUCCAGAUCGGCGGAGAGAUAUCAGACGAAGAUUUCACGUUUAUGGACAAGGUACCAGAUAUGGAUACCCGCCUUGGUUUUGUUCGCAGUCUUAGGAUUGGCGGUUCCCAAGACUUUGAAGAUGACGCAGAAAACUUCUUUGUGAGACCUCGUCCUUUUCGUCCCUCACCCAAAGGAGGAAGCUCCAUUCCCUACACGCCACCAUUGCCAGAGGAGGCACUACAGUUCAAGGCUAGAUAUAAGGAAAAUUGGGCCCGAGCAGCAAGAUUCAUCAGUCGGUUGAGUUGUUUAUCUGAUCUUAUAUAUGAAUGCAGUGCCCAGGUACCGAUGUGCGUGCUCUCAGCGCUGCGCGAUCAUUGCCCAGAUGCCAGACUACAUGUUUAUAGAUUUAGCCUCGAUAGUCUCUACCAGCCAAGAGACAAAUAUCACGAUAUUUCGCCAGAGGAGUAUGCGCUCGCUACGUCGCCGAAUAUCUAUGGACUUUAUCUAAAAUAUUGCUCUUAUACUGAUAAGGGACAUAUCGGCUACAAUGAAGAAGCCGUAAUACAGAUGGCAAGAGGUUUAGCGCCAAGGCUAUCAUAUGUGUACAUGGCUAGUAGAGGGCAAGGUGGCACUAUUCAGUUGUCCCAAGCCUACAAGUUACACCGGCAUUCCGGUAAGCCAGAAUGGAAGGGAUUCUACAUCAAUGACGGCCAAGCAAGCGAUAUGGUACAUGGUCGGGGAAGUUUACACACCCUUUACUUUGAAGUAACUUCAAAGCUACGCAUUCAUCAGUGGUGUGGCUAUACCGACUUCAGCAAGCUAACAAAACUGCACCUGGGAGAUACUGCGAUUGAUGCAGUACAAGUCCUAGCUACUAUUGGAGAGGGUGGUGGACUUUCUUCCCUUUCCUCUCUCGCUUUGAACCCUGACGCAAAGAAUGGGGAACAAGCAAUUGCUGCUGACGGGUUCAUACGACUACUUUCACAAAACUGUUCACGCCUAGAGAAGCUGGAGCUACGUGUAUUCCGAAGUCGUGGUGAUGAAGACGAAGUUGACAUCUAUCGAAGUCUUGGCCGGCUUCCACGAUUGAAACGCAUCUCUCUAAUCCUCGAGUGCUCUGUCAUCAGUUAUCCUGAUGUAAGGCCCGGAGAACCAUUUAUUGACAUGGGUGGCUGGGAGAUCCCCGUUAGCAUUUACCGCGCAGCGCUCAUUAAUAACGCCGUGGAUUCGGUCCUUGCUCAAUCCAUCUUCGAGACGAUGGCUACAACGAGGGCGCACGCUGGCGGCUGUUCUCUGGUCACCCUCAAACUAAAAAUCGAUGGCGCUUGCCAUUUUGGGCUGAUCAUGGCCGAUAGUGAAACGAGGAUCCCUCUGGAAUGGGUCGGACAGAGCUGGCUUGUUAGAAGAGAUUCUCCAGACGGAGACAUAGUUGUUCAAAACAUUAACUCUCUUGUUGAUGAUAUGGAUGUGUUGAAGGAUGAUUUUCCUGAGCGUGAUGAUCUAAAAGCCGUCUGGGUAGACGUAUGGCCAGGAAGCCCUAGUGAUCGAAGGAAUCAGUGGCAUAGCUUCCCUCUAGUUGGAUCAACAAAUUGA